AUGAAGUCCUUCAUUGCUGCUGUGGGCCUCGUCGGUCUCGCAUCUGCGGCCCCUCGUGUGCAGACGCACCAGAGACCGCAUUCCUAUGGCGGGCCAACUGUCACUGUCAAGAAUGGAACAAUCGCUGGCGUCCACAAAUCUAACUACAAGCAGGACUACUUUUUGGGCGUUCCAUUCGCUCAACCUCCUGUGGGACCACUGCGUUUCACGAAUGCCCAAAGCCUCAAUUCCUCUUUCGAUGGCACGCUUCAGGCUACCGAAUACGCACCAAUGUGCUAUGGAUAUGGGGGCGACCAAAUUGGUUAUCCGCAAUCAGAGGACUGUCUGUAUCUGAACGUCAUCAGGCCAUCUGGCUACGAAAACGCGUCGUUACCGGUCGGAGUGUGGAUUCACGGCGGCGGUCUGUAUAUGGGUGGUACUCAAGACAGGCGCUACAAUCUUACUUGGAUCGUGCAAAACAGUGUCGAAAUCGGCAAACCUAUCAUCGGCGUUUCGAUCGCAUACCGUCUAGGACCUUGGGGCUUCCUUGCGUCUCAAGAGGUCACCGGCAGCGGCAACACCAACAUUGGACUUCGCGAUCAACGACUUGCUCUGCACUGGAUCAAUGAGAACAUUGACGCUUUUGGUGGCGAUAAAAACAAGGUUGCUAUUUGGGGCGAGAGUGCCGGUGCUGGUAGCGUGGGCUUCCAUUUGACCGCAUACAACGGCCGCGAUGACGGUCUUUUCCGAGCUGGUAUCAUGGAAAGUGGCAACCCCGUCAAUUACAACAGCUAUGCGACAAACGUCAGGUACCAACCGAAGUACGAUGCUUUGGUCAACGCGACCAACUGCAGCACCGAGGCAGACACCUUGAGCUGCUUGCGUACCAUCCCAGAACAGACUCUUCAGGACCUCUUCAACACAACCUCCAGUCUGUCGUCUGGCUGGAACCCGGUCGUGGAUGGCGACUUCAUUCAGAGAUGGGCGUCCAUUCAGCUCAAGGAGGGUGACUUUGUCAAGGUCCCGAUGAUUGAUGGCGCCAACACAGACGAGGGUACGUCUUUCGGACCGGACGGCAUUGAUACCGAUGAGGAGUUUGCAGCAUACAUCACGAACACUUCGCAGCUUACGAAUCUGCCUGCGGCUCUUGCUCCACGAGCACUGGAGGCGUACCCUAACGAGCCAUCUUAUUUCAUUCCACCUGUGGAGGAGGUCCCACUCAACUACACGUAUCCUCCAGAGAAUGGUGCGCAAUACAGACGCGCCAACGCUUACGCAGGAGAUGUUGCCUUCCACGCCAACCGUCGAGGCGCGAUGGAGGCUUGGGCCGCAAACAACGUCUCAGCAUACUCUUACCGCUUCAACACUCUUCCUACAGGAGUUCCGUGGUACGCAGGCGUUGUCCACUUCCAGGAGGUUGCAUUCGUAUUUGACAACACCCAGGGUCUGGGAUAUGAUGCGGAGCAUGGAACUGUCAACCCAUUCCAGAACAAGUCGCAAAGCUACUACGACCUUGCUGAUUACAUGAGCAAGUCAUGGGUAUCGUUCAUUCACGAUCUUGACCCGAACUAUGAGGCAAAGCCUGCUUCUGCUCCAACUUGGCCGCAGUACAGUCUCGACCAGCCAGAAAAUAUUGUUUGGGAUGCAAACAGGACGGAAUUGGCGUGGCUUGAGCCUGAUACGUACAGACAGGAGGGCAUUAGGUUUAUCCUCGACAAUGCUUUGGCGUACAAGAGGUAG